AUGUCAAAAAUACAUAAAUACUUCGAUUGCAAAUGUAAUAAAUGGAAUAUAGUCGGAUUUUUAAAUGAAUGUGAUAUCGAGCCAUUUGAUAAAAAAAUCGACGAAUACCUUAAAAGCCUUGAAAAGAUUGAUAGGAAGGAAGGAAGGAGGCAAAAAAAAGCACAUCAACUCCUUGACAGAUAUCGAAAGGCGCGCUCUUCGCUGAGCCACAAAACCGGUGUUAGAGCGCCAGUGACUUCCUCGGUUACUUGCUGUUCAAAGAAUCCUAGACCAGAUUAUAAAAUCGCAAAAUCCUGGGAAAAGGAACGUACACGCAAACAAGUUCACCUACACCAACCAAUAAGUGGAACUGUAAAUGGGUCAAUUAACACAGUUAACGGAAUGAUGAAUGGGGGGAAAGUUGGAACCAUCAACGAACAAGAAAAUCCUCCACUCAGAAGGACACCGAGAAAAAUAAAUAGAGUAAUUUACGCCGAAAACUCAAAUAAAGUGAAUAAUACCAGCAAGCGAACCUACAAAGAAAUAUCAGAUGAAGAUCCUGAAAAGGCCAAGGAGAGAAAGAAGUUGGAGAAAAAGUUGAUUGAUGAUUUUAUUUCGAGAUUUAAGGCGAUAAAUGCGGACGACAAAUGGAAACUUCCUUCGGGCAGAUUUGUUGAAGACGUCUUAUAUGAUUGGGCAGUGACCCACUGUUCUGAAACACUUGCACACUCGUUUAUAUUAGAUACUGAUUGUCAGGAAGUUAUGGAUUUGUUUAGUCCUGAGGAAAAGGAGACAAUUUUAAAUACUAAUAAAAAGUCUUUUCCGGCCGUACAAGAUGAUAUCAAAAAAUAUGUCAUGAAAUAUUACAAGAAGAAUGUCGACGAUCUUCGAGAAACCGUCAUGGAACCAUAUUUGAAAAAUGGGGAGACCUAUAAUUCAAAAUUACAUUAUGAUUUGGAGUGGAUUCACUUAGUGUUCAAUAAAUUUGUUAUUGAAUGGGAGCAAGGUGUGAAUGCGUUAGCAGAGGAUAAUUUAGAAGCAUGGAUUGUAAGUCAUGUAUGGACUUUUAUUGUUGAUAUGGCAUUAAAGGACAUUGAAGAAACAAAAAUUGGAAAAUCAGAUGGUGGUUCGUUUGCAUCAAAAAUGCGCAAAAACAAAAAAAGAAAAAUUGGAAAAUCCAUUAUUCGUGGCAGGAAGAUCGACAUAUUACUAAAACUUCGUAAUAGCUCAAGAGAAAUACUAGCUGGAGAGGUAGCCAGAACAGGAGACAUUCACGAUAAAAAAUAUUUAGGAGAUAGAAUCAAACUAUUAAAGCUUAUGAAAGAUAUGUUUGAUACGAUAAUUGAAUCACUUCCGCCAACUACAAUUGAAAAUUACGAGAGUCUUUGUACAUUUGGAAUACAACUUUUUAAAAAUAAAGGCACUGUUUACAUUAUGGAUCGCCCUGAAGGAAUGAUUUCGCGAUUAACUAAAAAAGCACAAUUAGAAGCCCCUAUAUACAUUGAAGGUAUUCGCGAACUAAUUUUGUCUAUAAUUACAAUGUUGGAAUUGAAGAAUGCAAUUCGAGAGAUCAUCCAAAUAAUUGAAAAAAUAGAAAGCGACGAAUUAGAAGUUCAAGUCUUUCAAAGAAAUAAUACAGGUGUUCGAUUACCACUUGUAGGAACUACACCAACUCCUCGGACCUCGCUUGUAAAAAAAUAA